AUGACACUGUGUGUCCAUCUGUGGGGAUCAGUGGAGGGGGAGGGACCAAGGAAAAACAACAGAAAACAAAACGAGAAGGGAGGUGCACAUCCGCCCAGGUGGUGGGGGGUGGGAGCGGUGUUUCCGGGAGAAGAGUUUUACCAGAUGGGCGGCCUGUUCACACGGUUCAUUCCUUUUAUGUGUUUUGACAGGAAUGAUGAUGCGGAGGGAAUGCAAGCGACACCACCGCCCCCGUUUGAUGUAGGUGUGGCGCUGGAGGAGGUGCCACCCGAUGUGUACCUGAAGCGUGAAACCGCGAUCAAGCCGAGCAUCCCAAUCACUGGGAAGCAGUUCCUCACGCUGCAGGAGCACAUACCGCCGCGAUUUCAAGGCCGACGCUGGCGUCUUUUAUUUUGCAGCGGCCUUCACGGAUUUUCGCGUCUUGCGCUACAGCAAAACUGCGCUGAAGAGAUUAGGAGUGCGCGGGGUAACGAGCGACCUGCGGUUUUAAUAGUUUCCGCUGGAAGUGAAGGGAAGAUACUGCUGGGGGCGUACAUUUCCUGCAUCCCACAGACGUCAAACAAGAAAUACGUCGGGACCGAAGAAAGUUUUCUUUUCUGCGUGCCGUCACCGUCUUCUUCCUCGUCUGCUUUGUCGUCGUCGGAUGAUCUUCACAUCUUUACGGCCCCUGCAGAUGCCGCGAAUCGUUACUUUAUGCGCUGCGACAACGGUGCUAUUGCUUUUGGGGGCGGUGGCAAGGGCCCCGCACUCUUUCUUCACUCAGAUUUUGCUAGUGUGUCUUGCAGCACGUUUUGCCCAACGUUUGGCAUUCGUGAAUCCCUUCUUCUGCUCAACGCACGGCCAGGGGGGGAUGGGGAUGCUGCGGUUUUUGAUCUGCCAAAUGACGUGCAUUUGGAGGGUGGUGAGCCGACGACAUCUGUGCGGGCGGUUCAGCUUUGGACUAUAGGCGAUGAGUACUUUUCGCUCUUGUAG